AUGAACAGCAGUGUGGUAGGCGGAGACAUUGUACUCGGAAGCAAAUGCCCUCCUGACAGUUUCACGUGUCAGAAUGGUGAUUGCACGUCACUUUCCCGCUACUGUGAUUUUGUGGAAGAUUGCCAAGAUGGUUCAGAUGAAGUCAACUGUGUGCACAGAAAUUGUUCAGAAUCCGAAUUCAACUGCAACAACGGACAGUGUGUCCCGCGGGAUAAAGUCUGCGACCUCACCCCGGACUGUAGCGAUGGCAGUGACGAGGAGGGAUGCGCCGGACGAUGCAAGCCACAGGAAACAUUCCAAUGCUUCGAUAGCACGUGCAUACCGGCACAUGCAUUUUGUGAUGGAUACGUUGACUGCGCCGGAGAGUAUGCAGAAGAUGAGCCCGAGAAUUGUGAAUCAAUAACGACGGACGUGUUGGCUAUAAAAGAGCGCAAGCAGCUGUGCGAUGCCGGCUAUCUCUCAUGCAGCGACGUUUACAACUCGCGGAAGCACGUCCCGUCCGGAACGUACACGAUCGACAUCGACGGAUCGGCCGGCGACGUCGAUCCGUUUCCGGUCAACUGCGACUUCCAGCGACAGGACGACGACAGCGUGACGGCGUGGACGUUGAUUCAUCACGAUAGCGAGGAGCGAACGUACGUGCGCUCGCACGUCAUCGGCCCCGGCGGCCAUCGCAGAAACGUCUCCUACGUCGGCAUCACGGCCAUCCAGCUGGAGGCGCUGAUAGCCGACGCCGACAGCUGUCGUCAGUUCGUGCGCUGGGAGUGCGAGGGCGCUGCGUUCGGCUUCGACGACAGAGCCGUCUCGUGGUGGAUAUCGCGCGAUCUGCAGCCGCAGUAUUACUGGGGCGGCGCCACCCGCAAUCACACGUGCGGCUGCUAUCCGAACUGCACGCAGCCCGAGUUGGCGUGCAACUGCGACGUCAAUCAACGAUUCCUCUGGCAAGAGGACUCGGGUUAUCUUACCGACAAGACGAAACUUCCCGUCAUGCAGCUAUGGCUUGGCGGUACAUCAGGCACGGGGGAGGCUGGGUACAUUACGCUUGGUCCGCUUGAAUGCACGAGCGCACUAGCCGAGUCUCAUCGUAAGGACUGUCUAACCUCGAUAAACUGGCUGCAAUGCCACAACGGGCAUUAUGUCAACGAUGCGCUUGCUUGCCUGGAUGGCUAUGACGAGGACGGGUUUCAGACAGGAUGCAGAGACGUGUCACACUUGCGGAACUGCGAAUAUUUUCAAUGCCCGGAUAACUACGUUAAAUGUCCGGGAAGUUACUGCGUACCAAUGCACACUGUGUGCGACGGUCAGUGGGACUGCCCGGGAGGUCACGACGAGGUCAACUGUGAAACAUUCAGCUGUCCUGGCAUGUACAAAUGUCACCAGCAGCAGUACUGCAUCCCUGCCGCUCAGCUCUGUGACGGCAGGCGACAGUGUGAGAUGGGCGACGACGAAUACCUUUGCGAUAUACAGUGUCCGCUCCCAUGCAGAUGCUCAGCUUUGUCUAUAUUCUGCUCCUAUAGUAAUCUGACUGAACUUCCAGAUAAGAUUCCAUUCCAAAUUCGGAAGCUGGAUAUCAGCCACAACCUCAUCGAUCUUGACAGCAUUGAAUUCGGAAAUUGGCUAUAUCUUAGUGAACUGAACAUUUCUUUUAAUUCGAUUCACAACGUACCGUCAUCGCGGUUUCAAAUGCUCCACAAUCUCUAUCUUCUGGAUCUUCGAUAUAAUAAUAUCCAACACAUAGAGGAAAAUGCCUUUGCUGGUCUCCAGAAUUUGAGAUAUCUACUAUUGACGGGAAAUUUCAACUUGAGCGACAUAGAUUCGAAUGCGUUUGAAGGAUUGGGUCUUUUGAAUGAGCUCGUACUGGUCGGGCACUCCUUGUCUACGUUGAAAAGCGGCACCUUUCUUGGGCUGGAGCAGCUCAAACAUUUGAACCUCUCAGGUAACAAGCUCACGGAAGUUCAUGACGGUGCUUUCGAUGGCCUUACUCAACUACAACUGCUAGACGUCAGGGGAAACGAUAUAAAUGUUUUCUCCGAAGCAAUGUUCACUGGAUUGGAGAACCUUGAAUAUCUGUACAGCGACUCGUUCAAGUUCUGCUGCCUGGCGAAGGGCCUCGUGAGCUUCGACAACUGUCUGCCGCAAGCCGACGCCUUCUCGUCGUGCGAGGACCUGAUGAGCAACUACACGCUGCGCAUCUCCAUCUGGGUGCUCGGCACCAUCGCCUUCGCCUGCAAUCUGUUCGUCAUCAUCUGGCGGCUGAAGACGAAGGACGCGAACCGCAUCAGUUCGGGACUCGUGCUGAGUCUCGGCUGCGCCGACCUCCUCAUGGGAGUCUACUUACUGAUCAUCGCCGGCGUCGAUAUGCACUACAGAGGACGUUACAUCGCCUACGCCGAGUCGUGGCGCAACAGCACGCUGUGCAAGUUCGCUGGGUUUCUGUCGACGCUGUCCAGCGAGGUUGCCGUCUUAACGUUGACCCUCAUCACGAUCGACCGACUGAUAUGCUUAGCGUUUCAGUUUCGCGUGCGACGCUUCACCGUUAAGCAGAUGUACAUCAUGCUCGGUACGGCGUGGAUGGCCGCGACAGUGUUAUCUUGCAUUCCGUUUCUCAUCGACAGCUACUUUCACGGACAGUUCUAUUCGAAAUCGGGCACGUGCCUUGCCUUACCCCUGACGGCAGAAGUGCAUCCGGGAUGGGAGUAUUCCGUGGCGCUGUUUUUGUGCCUGAACUUUAUCGCAUUCGUAGUGAUUAUCGUGUCGUACGUGUACAUGUACGUGACAAUCACGAAGACUACGCGCGCCGUGCAGCGAAUUUCGUCGCAGAAGUCGAAAGAGUUGUCCGUUGGUCGGCAGAUGGCACUGCUAGUGCUGUCGAACUUUUGCUGCUGGGCGCCCAUCAUCAUCAUGGGGUUAUUGGCGCUAGGCGGAGCUGUCGUCAUUCCAGGUGCCGUGUAUGCCUGGACAGCGGUGUUCAUACUGCCUUUCAAUGCAGCUACUGAUCCUAUUUUAUACACGAUAUCGUCUCUGGAUCUGCGUACCGUGCGCUAUGGGCUUUCCUGGAAGAAUUCUAACAACAAAUCUCGAUACCACAGUAAUGCUGCCAACGGUGCAUCUGUGUACGAUCGACAAAGUAAGAUUAACAACUAUUCUGUCCCAGUCAAUGACGGUGGCGACCUCGCAAAAUCCUUGCGAAAAAAGCCCACUUUCAACCACAAGGCGCCACAUGGCUACAUAUCACUGACGCAGUUCCUCAAGGAAAGCCGGCCAAUCAGGAUCGAUGAUGUGCGUUACAUCACCAAGGUCAUCUGUGAGACACUCAACCAAGUGCACAAGUCCGGCUACGCUCUCGGUCACUUCGAGUCCGAAACGAUCUUCAUCAGUAGAAAUGUGGCGGAUCAGAUUCACGUGUACGUGCCGGAUCUAAACGCUUACAAGACGGGCGUCUACCCGACCCAGAAGCACAGCGACGACACGGCGCAGGACAUGGAAGACCUUGCAAACAUCGUCAAGCGCAUGCUGAGAGCAUACAAACUGCAAAGUCGCUACAACUCCGAGUGCAAUGUCUCGCACGUGUAGUGAAACCACCAUUGGUCGGUCGGCUCGUGAGGAUUCACCCAGAUGUAUGCAGAUUCUGGUUAUCUGUGCUCGAAAUAGUAUGAUGAUACUAGAAUUUCGAAAUUAAAAUUUAACAGGAUUUGCCCGUGCACUUGCAAAUCAAUCGAAAUUGCAAAAGAUUCGCGAUUUAUCGUAAAAGCCUUUGAAGUAUGCGGCAAUUUUUCACACGACUUCUAGUGGGUAAUUAAUGUAAGAAACUAGUUAUAAGGCAUGUACGUUUUGAUUAUAUGUUUAUGUAAGUCAUUCGAAUUACAGUAUUUGUUAUAUAUAUAUAUAUGAUAACAAUAAAUUAUGUCUCCUAAUUAAUCAAGAAAAUGCGUAAUAAGGGCGACUGUUCAACCAUAAACCACGAAAAUAUAUUAAUAUGACAGUGAAUUAGUUCCAAUUACUUGCAACUACGUGCAACAGGAAAUCCGAAAGCGAUAUAAUCUAUUUCAUACAAUCAGCAUGCAAUGUGAUCGCCGUGUGUAACGAUAUAGCACCGUCAGUCCAACGUCUCAUAUGUAUGAACUAGUUUUAAAACUGUUAGUUGCCGUGUUUGUACAGGACUUGUCCACGUUCUAUUUACUACACUGCCUUGACUUGUGAAUUCCAUAAUUAUAGACACUCAUCUUAACCGCAGACGAUGCCACGUACAGUGAACGGGGAAUCAGCGCAAAACAUAGAAUGUUUUAACAUCACUCAUGAGGUGUAUUUAUUAUCAUGUCGUCUACGUGAGUGUUGCGUACUCAAUUUGUGUUGCGUUUUAGGAAUAAUAUAAUUGCAUUAUAUCGGUCAAACCUAUCACUGUCUGUGCGCAAUUAGCGUUAAAAUGUGUUAUACGUUUUGAGAUGAUGAUCAGCGAAUAGCGUUCAUUACAAAUAAGGAUAUCCGAUAAUGUAAUCACGAUAUGAGUAGAAUUUUGUUAAUUAUAUGCACAAUUACGGAGAACUAAUUGGAGCCCUCAAAAUGUCAAUUAUUGUUGCUUAAAAAGAACAUGUUAACAAUAAAGGUACCGGCGGCGCUGCGCUUAUUUUUGAUUGAGAUUACAGUUUCAAAAGAAAUCAUUUUCAGGGAUAACCGUCAGGUUUCGGGUAUUCGCUGCUAUUAUAAAGUAUACCUAUUAAAUAUACGCGUCCCUUCGUGUUAUUACGAUAUUUUGUAAUAACCGUUCCACUAGAAUUAUCACUCCAACCGGUGGCCUAGAAUGUAAAAUAUAGUGUGAUAAUACCGUGAGCAUUUCCAUAGCAGGUUAUAUAACAGCUCGUGUACUGUGAAUGCUCUUGCAAGGUAGUUAUUUCACCACUAUUUAAUAAGACGCAUCGACCUGCAUUUCUUGCUAACGAGGGUAAGACAAGUGGAAGCUGUUAGAGCUAUCUCAUUUAAUGGCGAUGUAUUCUAAUGGCAUAUAUAUGUCUUGGGAUUUCAGAUGUGUAAUUCCCCCUAAAUGUGAAUCCCCUGUGUGCGUUAAACGAUGACGUCAGCACAUUUAUUGUGUCAGAACGUUAUGUGACCACGAUUUGCUGUAUAUUGUUUUUUAUAUUUACUAUGACAUUUUUAUUGGCAUGUUACGGCUGUACGCUUAUAGACAACAAAUCCUUUAUUCCCUACGAUGCAGCAAUAAAUUAUUAGUUAUUUAAAUAAACUAAAAUAACAGGCGUGAGUUUAAUCGGAUUAAAUCGAUCACUGACACUGUUUUUCAGCUACUCUACCAUGAUUAAUUAGAUUGACUAUAUUAUGCUAAGAUUAACAGUUGUAGGAACCUGUAUGAGUGUGUGAUAAAUACUGCUACACACUUAAGCACCCUCAGUCAUGUGCUCUGUUAAUUAUUCUCGUUUGCGAGAUGAGAAUCCUUGUGUUUUUGCGUUUGUGAGAUUCAAUACAGCAAUCAAUCCAAA